CAGACAUCUAAACCGGAAGUCAAAACUAAAACACACUGAACACAGAAACCGGCCAGAGAUAUAUUGUCAAAAUGUUGAUUAAAGUAAAGACUCUUACUGGAAAAGAGAUUGAAAUUGAUAUAGAGCCAACAGACAAGGUUGAACGAAUCAAGGAGAGAGUAGAAGAAAAGGAAGGCAUUCCGCCACCACAACAGAGAUUGAUCUUCAGCGGCAAACAGAUGAAUGACGAGAAGACUGCGGCGGACUACAAGGUGACGGGAGGAUCAGUGCUACAUUUAGUUCUCGCUUUAAGAGGAGGUGAAUGACGCAAGGCUCAAAACAUUUCAAAAUAUAAAACUCUCAUUUAAUCUUUACCAACUUCUCCAUCUCCUACAUGUAACUUUAAGCGUCGAGGUUUCAGGAAUGACUUGUGUGUGAUUACAGCCGUAUGAAUUACAGGGCUGUAGGUGCCAUCUAGAGGUUCGGAACUUCUGCCAUGAGAAUAUGUGCCUCAACAACCAACAGGUAUCAAAUGUGUCGGAAGAAACUGAAGUGACAUGUGCUUGGGGAUUUUCCAUAAUGGUAAAAACCUGUAGGAGAUGAUGUAGAAAAAAAAA